GUUGAUUCUUAGGUGACGGCCGCUUGACUGCGGUCACACACAGACAGGGAAUUCGCUGUCAAGAGGGUGGAUGCCAAGAGCUGGAGAUGACCUAGAGGCCUUACCAGAUACAUUUGUGCUUUCGUCGCCCUAAUCUGCAUCCGCAGACAACGGCAAGAUCUGGGAGCACACUUGUUUCCUCCGUGGGUGAUAUCUACCUCAGCCAGCAGACGGGGAACGAACCGGGACGCUGCUCAGAGACUUCAGACAGGCAGACAGAGCCAACAGCUGGCCGCGCGCUCACUGCCUGCACUGUCCUCUGUCGUGAAGAGGAUUUCAGACGGACUGGAUCUGUCUGGUUUUUUUGCUUCCCACUGAGAGAAGAAGAAAAAAAAAAACAGUCGCAUCUUCUGACUCCAGAGUUUAUUAGCUUUUUUUAAGACUUGUCAUUUUCCCUUCGUGCUGUUGACCAGUGUGUCUUUUUUUUUUUUCCAUGGAUGCUUUUUUUGCUUUUGGCUUUUAAACAGAUUUUCUACUUUUACUAGUGUAAGCUGGUAUAAGAGUUAUAUGUGUAAAUACAUAUGUGAAUGUUGUAUACUGUAUUAGAGCUAUUUUUCCCAUUCUGAAGGAAAGUUAAUGCACUUUAAAACUUUGCUGUGAUACUUUUCCUUCUCUAUUAUGCUAGCUGUUUUUUCGAGCCUGGAAACGGAGAGACCGGGGUGUGUCUUGUUCUCUAAGCUAGGCAUGAAGCAUCUGCAGCAGGGCUGCAUGUAAGCAUUUUACUCAGCCUGCCAGCUUUUGAUCAUCCGUAGGGAUCGCACAGUUUCUUUAGUUUUGCCACUUUUCGAGGCGCACUGAGAUGAACCUCUGGCAGGUGGAAUCCUUGAGCUGUCUCUCGACUUAACGCGACCACUUUGGGUCCUGUUGGAUUAAGUGGGUUGUUUUUUUUUGUGUGAGACUGACCCAAACCGCUUUGCGUGGGAGACAAACUACGACAGAAAGGAGCUUCCGGUGCUGUUGCACCACCUAUGUAUUGUUGUAGUGCACAGGAAAAUAAAAUGGACUACAAACGUCGCUUUUUGCUUGGCGGGUCCAAGCAGAAAGUGCAGCAGCACCAGCAGUACCAGAUGCCUGAGCUAAGCCGGACCUUGAGCGCUCCUCUGACGUCUUCGCCCAUGGGGACAGGGGUGGGCAUUCCUGGUAGCUGCCACCCGCCCGCCUCCGGCACCACGACCGCCGUCGCCGACAUCCAGCAAGGCAUCUCCAAGUAUUUGGAUGCCCUCAACGUUUUCUGCAGGGCCAGCGCCUUCCUUACAGACCUGUUCAGCAGCGUGUUCAGGAACUCUCACUAUUCCAAAGCAGCUAUGCAACUGAAGGACGUGCAGGAACACGUCAUGGAGGCGGCCAGCAGGCUGACUGCAGCAAUAAAGCCCGAGAUUGCCAAGAUGCUAAUGGAGCUGAGUGUCGGGGCCGCUAACUUCAAAGACCAGAACGACUUCAGCCUGCAGGAUGUUGAGGUGCUGGGUCGGUGCUUCGUCACAGUGAUGCAGGUCCAUUUCCAGUUUCUUUCACAAGCGUUGCAAAAGGUCCAGCCUGUGGCCCAGAACUGCCUGGCAGAGGCUCUUGCCCAGGCUCAAGAGCGCUGCGUCAACUCCCGCUCCCAAAGCUCUGACCUGGGGCCUCUGACGGAGCUGGAAGAAGCCUCUCGCUCAUGGAAAGGUGCAGCUGAGGCCACAGCGAGGCUGAGAGAACGGGGCCGCGACGGCUGCCUGGCUGGCCUCCAGGUUCAGCAGCUCUUUUGCUCCAACAACACCACCAUCCCCGAACACCAGCUGAAGGAGCUCAACAUGAAGAUUGACACCGCAUUACAAGCCUAUAAAGCAGCUCUAGAAAGCCUGGGCCAUAGCGAGUACGCACUGAAGGCAGGCUUUCAUCUCAACCCCAAAGUUGUGGAGGCAGCCUUACAGGGCUGUUGCAGUGAGGCUGAGGCUCAGCAGGCAGGCCGGAGGCAGACCACCUCCCAGCCCAUCCAGUGCGAGCUUCCCACCAUCCCUGUGCAGAUCGGCUCGCACUUCCUUAAAGGGGUCUCCUUCAACGAAUCAGCAGCUGAAAACCUCAAACUGAAAACGCACACGAUGCUUCAGCUCAUUAAAGAGCUGCUGGGACAGAAUGGAAUGACCCCCAGGGACGAGUCUCCAGUCACUGAGGUCCUCAAUCAGGUUUGCCCGUCCAGUUGGAGGGGAGCCUGCAAGACGGCCGUCCAGCUGCUGUUUGCCCAAGCUGGUCUGGUGGUUGUUGAUACAGCUCAGAUCGAAAACAAGGAGGCCUACGCUCCCCACAUCACUCUGGAGGGAUCCAAGGUGGUGGUCCAGGUUCCCUCUACAUGGUGUCUGAAGGAGGACCCUGCCACCAUGUCCCUGCUGCAGCGAAGCCUGGACCCAGAGAAGACACUGGGACUAGUAGAUGUGCUUUACACCGCAGUGUUUGACAUCAGCAGAUGGAAAGAGAGAAAGGAGCAGAGCUUGCCGACCAUUCAGAUCCAGCUGCAGCGGGAAAGCCCAGAGUACGGCAGCCAGGCAGACUUACCCACGGGUACCAGCUCCAAAGCCUCCAGCGGCUUGCCAAAAACUAUAUCUAAACUGACUUCCAAGUUUGCCAAGAAGGUCUCAUCCAGCUCCAACAGCGGAGGCAGCUAUUCCAUCCCCAGCACCCCGUCCCGCAGCAUGCUCUCCAGCAGUAGCUCCGACGAUAAGGCCAAAGGCCUCGGGCACAGCGACGGGCGGCUCCAGAGUAUUCUACAGAUGGGCGGCUUGUCCGGCGCCCCUGACGGCGCCCAGCUAAACCAGCUGGCCAACGGCUCGGUGUCUGACGACCAGGGGAUGAACCUUCCCACCGACCAAGAGAUGCAGGAUGUCAUUGACUUUCUCUCAGGAUUCAACAUGGGAAAAUCCCAGCAGGCCUCUCCCCUGGUCAAGAGGAGGAACUCCGUGGCCUCGGCGAACCCUGCGGAGCUCAAGCCGCCGAGUGGCCAUCCCCCGGCUUCCCAGUCCAUUUCUUACACGGCUCUACAGGCCGCGUCCAACGCCCUGCCUCAGCCCCAGCCUCCCCCGACGGCGCAGAAGCAGCAGACCCAGCCUCAAACGCAGCCUCCCCCAGCCCAGCCUCAGCAGCAGCAGCAGCCUCCCCCUCCUCAGCAGCCCUCCCCACCCGCCCUGCAGUACUAUCAGCACCUCCUGCAGCCCAUCACCCAGCAGCAGGCUCCUCCUUCCCAGCUGCCGCCCCAGCAGACCCCGCCGCAGGGUCUGCCGCAGCAGAGGGUGGCAAACAAGUGGCUCGGCACCUCAGGGCAACAGCCUGCAGCACAAGCCCCCCCGGCAGGACUGUCGCCCUUAGGUCCCAUCAACCAGUGGGGGUCCCCGGGGCUGCCGGACCUGAGCUCAGACCUCUACAGCCUGGGCCUGGACAGCACCUACAUGGAAAGCGUGAUCUCAGCGAUGCUGGGUCAGAAGCCGCAGGGGCCCCGCAACAACACUUGGCCCAACAGGGACCAGAGCGAGGGCAUGUUUGGAGUCCUGGGAGACACGCUACCUUUUGACCCCGCAGUUGGCUCCGACCCGGAGUUUGCACGUUACGUGGCCGGCGUCAGUCAGGCCAUGCAGCAGAAGCGGCAGGUGCAGCACAUCCGCCGCCCCAGCAACACGCGCAGCAACUGGCCAAUGCCCGACGAGCAACACAGGACCUGGUCCCACCCAGAGUACUUUAACGAGGGGGAGGCCGUGAACAGCGGCUGGUCGGCCAAUCAGGGAGACUCGGCCAGCUCCAGCGACGAGACGUCGUCGGCCAACGGCGACAGCCUGUUCUCCAUGUUCUCCGGGCCGGACCUCGUGGCAGCGGUCAAACAAAGGAGGAAACACAGCUGCGGGGAGCCGGAGGCGUGCACCCUGCCAUCACCGCCUCUACACCACAUCAGCGACGAUAACCAGGACAGCAAGACUAAAACGUGGCCCCCGAAGGCGCCGUGGCAGCACGCCGCCCACGGCCACGCCCACACCCACACCAUGCCCAAUCCCAGCUCUUCCUUGUACCAGAUGAACCUGCCUCCUUCCUCCCAGUGGAGCGACUCCAUUCAGAUGCUGCAGUCCCCCGUGUGGUCCAACGCCAGCGACUGCUCCCCCUCCUCCGGGAUCUCCUCCGGUUUUCCCUUCACCCAGCAGCAGCAGCAGCAGCAGCAGCAGCAGCAGCAACACAAACCCAUGACCAAGGGCUUCAAAUCCUUCCCCGUCAAACACGAGCACCGGCCCUCCUACCUUCACCAGUACUGACGGCUCGAGCCACAGAGGACCUGCAGCCGCGGUCGUCACACUCCACACCCGCUGAAUUUGAAGACGUGUAAGCCUGCGAGGCGACGUUAAGUCCACACACUGGCUCAACGUUUUUUUUUUUUUUGUAUUUAUAUUUUUCCAUGUCAAAACAUCUCCACAUUAGAAGAAACAGACGUGUUUUGAUGUUUUUCCCCCGACCUGCCACCUUUUUUUUUUUUUUACUUUGAGCGGUGCAUGUGUCGUUCUGGCAGCAGCCGGCCGAGCGCUUGUUUCUCUGUCCUCAGACAAGAGCUGGAGACGCGCACGGCCGUCGCCCACUUGCUUCUGCAGCUGCGUGCGUGGGGCUAAAAGGGGAGGGGGGG